UCUUAUUUAAUCUAGCUCUCCGUCGCAGUUGGUCAGCUAAAUCUUCGGGCACUUCCACACUCCCUUUGUGUCUGCCUUCUUUCUUUUUCUUAGCGCUUUUAGGUUAUUCGAGAUGAAAGUGCUCCUCGUCUGCGGACUGAUCCUGGCUGGAGCCUUCCUCGCUGAGGCUGCCGGUGGUAGGGAGCUGUGUGGGAAGAGCAAUGAAGAAAUCAAGGCAGUUCUGAAGUGCAUGGGAGAGCACGUUCCCCCUGAGCUCAGAGGCAAGGCGGCCGGAAUCAUCAGCAGCAAGGGAGACAACCUGGCCGAGCUUGUCAAGAAGCAGUGUGACGCAGACAUUGACUUCGUCGAGUUGCUGGAAACGGUGUUCUCAGGUAACGAGGCAGAAGCCAUCAAGAAGGCCUACAGGGAGUGCAAGCCGAGCCGAAGAUGAUGUGAUUCUGAGAAACCGCGAAUGGUGCAGUGAUCCGCUUCUGAAGUCACCAAGAAUGUAUUUCUACAUGCUGGAAGUGUCAUACCAAAAUAAAAAUUUUCCACAUUUGUA